AUGAAGAGUGGUCGGGACAACAAAUCAACAAUUACUUUUGGCUCAAGAAUUCCAGGAGAUCUCCAAAAUCGUUUGAAAAGCAUUCUGGGUAUCAACAAGCAAGGAGGUGGAGGAAAGUAUUUAGGUCUCCCGGAACAAUUUGGCAGGAAGAAGGACAUGUUCGAGUCCAUCAUCAAUAAAGUUAACCAAAGAACGUCACAUUGGAGCGCAAAGUUCUUAUCAUAUGCUGGGAAAGAGGUGAUGAUAAAAUCGGUUGGCGUCGCAAUGCCGGUUUUCUCGAUGUCAUGUUUCAAGUUACCGGCGAACAUCACGGAUGAAAUUAGUACUCUCUUAAUGCGUUUCUGGUGGGAUAAGGGAGAUAAAAACAGAGGAAUUCCGUGGAUAGCUUGGAAAAGACUACAAUUCUCUAAAAGAGAUGGUGGUUUGGGAUUUAGAGAUUUACCAAGAUUUAAUGAUGCUCUUCUAGCUAAACAAGCUUGGAGACUGCUCAAACAUCCAAAUACACUUUUUGCUAGAUUGAUGAAAGCAAGAUACAGUACUACAAAGAUACGACAGUUUUGGAGGCAAAACAUCGAACCAAUGAAUCCUAUGGAUGGAGCUCUAUAG